UAAUUUCCGCUUCCGGCGGGCAAAGGGUAAGCGGAAUGUAAACACGGGGCCACGGGAGUGGUCAUCAGGUAACUGGGAUUGGCCGGGCCGCGGUUAAAGUCGGAGGACGAGGAGGAAAACGAGGCGAAUCGUAGUGUGGUUAGGGGAGACAGAAGCUUCAGAACUCUGAAUUAAGACUCUUCGGGGGGUGUGGCAGAGCCUAGACACAAAGAAUGGCUUCCUUUGGAUGGAAGAGAAAAAUUGGCGAGAAGGUCUCAAAGGUCACUUCCCAGCAGUUUGAAGCUGAAGCUGCCGAUGAGAAGGAUGUAGUAGAGAAUAAUGAAGGGAACUGGCUUCAUGCCAUUAAACGUAGGAAAGAAAUUCUCCUUGAAGGCUGUGCUGAGAAAAGUAAACAGCUGAAGGAUGAAGGAGCCGAUCUGGCUGAAAAUAAAAGAUAUCGGGAGGCAAUUCAGAAGUGGGAUGAAGCACUUCAGUUAACCCCAAAUGAUGCUACCCUGUAUGAGAUGAAAUCACAGGUCCUAAUGUCUCUUCAUGAAAUGUUCCCAGCAGUGCACGCAGCAGAAAUGGCUGUCCAGAGAAAUCCACAUUCAUGGGAGUCUUGGCAAACUUUGGGACGUGCUCAGCUUGGAUUAGGAGAGAUAGUCUUGGCAAUUCGAAGUUUUCAAGUAGCGCUUCACAUCUAUCCAAUGAACCCUGAAAUAUGGAAUGAAGACCUUUCUUGGGCGAGAACGCUCCAGGAGCAGCAGAAGGUAGCACAAAGGAUUGAAAAAAGUAAAGCACCGGCAGAAGCAACACAUUUCUCACCAAAGUCAAUUCCUGACUAUGACUUUGAAAGUGAUGAGAUUGUUGCUGUUUGUGCAGCUAUUGCUGAGAAACAGAAGACAGUUUCAGCCAAUAAAACCAUGGUUAUUGUAUCUGCUUCUGGGGCAGUAGAGACUGUAACUGAGAAGGAAGAUCAUGCUACAACACCAGACGGCUCUGUUUUUAUCAAAGCCCGAUAAAGCAGCAUGAAUAUCAUGAAUUAUUUGAAUCUAUGUUUUUGAUUAUCACUUAAAAUUUUAGACAUAGGGACACUUAGACUGGAGAAACAGGGCAAAACUCCUACUUAUAAGUUUUUCAGAUGAGGCAUAUAAAAACUAAAUGGCAGGAUUAUUGUAUAGUGUUUGAACUAUGCUUUGGUGAGUUAAGGCUUUUAUUUCUUAAGAUUAAAAUUCUAAAUAAAAUGGUUUUUGGUUAAUAAAUUUCAUCAAAAUAUAUGAAUGGAUACAUUUUUAAGACACAACUUGAAAAGUGAAUUCAUGAAUAGCGAAUCACUUGAUGGCCAGUGUUAUUAAAAUGUUGACCGUGGGCUUUUACGAUAAAGGAAGUUUGUGAAUACUUUCUUUAUUUACUGCCUUUAAUAUUCACUUUUCUGGUCUUCUUAUUUCAUUACACUAAAUCUAUCACAAGGUUUGAAUAUUUUUGGACAUUCAUUUUGAUUCAAAGUUGUCAUUUUGUUAUAUGUGGAAUCUUUGAAAGUUCAGCUGAAAAUGCAUGCAAAUGUAUACAUUCUUAACAUUUUCUGAAGUUUCUCUUGUAUCUGGCUUGUGCUUAUAUUUUUGGAUUUAAAGUUAUUAUAGCAAUGACAGUGGCCUCUUUUAGUAUUUGUUAAAUGUGUGAAGUGCUGAUAAAUGUCAGAAUGAUGGUUUUAUUUAUUUUUUAAUUAUUACUAUAAGUAGAGUAGUCCUUGUCACAACUGAGUCAUUUUUAAAAUAUACAUUUUUAAAAAGAUGAAUGGCUUUUACAGAUACACUGUAACAAGUUGUACUGCUACAUUGUCCCAGUCCAAAGCAGGUAUUUUCUUUUUCUUAUUUUUAAAGGCUUAAAAGUCUGAAAAUAAUAGAUCUCUUCCUUGUAACUUCCCACCUGAUAAUUUGGAAUUCUUUCCUACAUAACUUUUUCUGAACUUGUCAGUCAAAUGAGAAAUAAUCACAAUUUUAAAUAGCUAAAUUAUAUCUUUCUAAAAAUAUAAGUAGGGAUGUUGUUAUUAGAGCGCCAGUGAACAAAUAACUUAGGUACAAAAUACACACUCACUGCCGUCGAGUUGAUUCCGACUAAUUGUGACCCUACGGGACAGAGUAGAACUACACAGAAAGUAAAAUAUGCUUUAUAGUACAAUCCCAUGAAUAGAGAAGGAUAUAUUAAAUAUUUCAUUGAAAAGCCAUAAUGACAUUCACAAAUCAAUAUUGUCAUUGCUAAUGUGAAUUGUUUUAUUUACAUUACAUAUAUUGUAGUACAAUGAUAUAGAACUGUUGAAUACUCUUAUUUCAGACACUCAGGAAGAUAUUAUUUGGGUAAAAUUAAUUUAAUCUUUGUUAGAGAAGAAAGCAAGCUACUUUAUAUUAAGGAAUUUUGCCUGGUCUUGUUGGAGUGUGUAAGUAAUGAUUUAUGUUUUUAUGAGACAAUUUUUAAAAUUUUGUUUUGAUGGAUGCUUAUGUCUUUUUUUCAGAGUUGAAGAAGUCGACACUUGCCUUGUAAAGUAUUAUAUUUUUCUCUUAAGUUAGAAAGUUAGCUCUAGUUAGAGGGGUCAGGUUUAGAAUGAUCCAAAAGUAGAUACUGAUUCUGCUUUCUUCUGUUUAAUAAGGAGUCUUCUCAAAAGGGGUAGUUGGGUAUCUAAAGAAGUGAACACUCAAAAUUUGGUAUGUUAUUUUGAUUAAUGGAUGUGUGUUUAUUGUGUAAUUUGUGAAUAAAUAGAUUUUUCUGCAUUUUGAAGAUUUUUUUCUUAUUUUAUGUUGUUAGCUUUGGAAAAAGUAGAUUUAUUCACGUCUUUUGUAUGCAGAAAUAAUGUCUGCAUAGCACCUGGCAUGGUGUCUAGCACAAGAAGCAUUCAGUAAAUGAUAGCUACUUCUUUUUUUUUUAAAUUGUACUUUAGAUGAAGGUUUACAGAACAAACUAGCCUAGCUUCUAAUUAAACAAUUAGUACACAUAUUGUUUUGCAACAUUGGUUGC